AUUUAUUGACGACUCCAGCCUCCCCCAGAGGUGAUAAUGCUGACCAACUGACAUGACCACAAGCUCACAGACUCCUAUAUGGCCAAGGGAUGUAGACAUCUGCCGCAUUGCUCGCAGUGUUGCAAUAAAAAUUACUAAAGGAGGCGCAUCCCACUUUUCUGCUCCCCAGCUUGUGUUACUUACACAAGUAUAUGUACCAUCAUUGCGCAGACACUACCACCACUAUGUUUUUGCUUUGAGCAUUGCCAAAUGCCAUUGGGAACAGGUGGAAAACAGAAAUGGUCGACGAAAACUCUCACUAGCAGAAAUGAGAAGUGUUCCUCGAAUGGAUUUAGAAAGACAAGAUAUACUCUUAGUUACAGAACAUGUAAAUAAGCAAAUUACUGGUGUGAGUCCUUGUGUAGGAGCCAUUGUGAGAGAAGUUGGUCCGCAUCAAGUGUGGCGACAAGUUGAUGUAAAUCAUAGAUCAUAUGAUGAUGCAGUGCUUCGAUCACCAGGUUAUGGUGAGCAAGAUAUAGAACUUUUGUUUGAAGAGUUUGUGAGAUGUGGCUACCCUCAUUCAACUGUUUGCUUCCUAGAUGUGAAGCAGUUGAUUUCUGAAAUAGGCUGGAAAGAUAAAGAAAAGGGUAUUUUUAGGGCAAUGGAUCGGCAAAGAGAAGGGGAGCUAGGAGCAAGGGAAUUUAUUUUGGGACUAGCUGCUAUGGAUCCUAUGACAAGUCAUGGAAAAGAACCUGCAGAAAUACGUUGUCGUUAUAUUUUCAAGUAUUACGACAAAGAUGAGGACGGUAAUAUGGAGGUGCAUGAAGUGAAGGAAAUGGUAGAAGACAUUGCUCAGUUACAAGGUAAAGAAGUCACGGAGGAGAUCAUCAAAGAACAAACUAAACUAGCUCUUGAAAUUUUUGGUGUUGAAGGAGAGUCAAAGAUGCCUCUGAUUGAUUUUCUGAAGGCUGUGAGUUCUUUACGGUUUCGGGGUACUUCCUCACUCUUCCGUUCCAGCAUGUCUAUCAUCUCGCAUUUAGUACACAAAAAUGGGUUAGCCAGAAGAAAAGAGGCCCAAAUUAAAUUUGGAAGACCUGCCUCACCUGGGCUGGACUUUCCAUCUUCACCUGGACUACAUUGUCUACCUUCCCCUGGAUUCAAGAUAAAAAAGUUGAAGCAAAAUUCUCCAAUGGACUGUGAGCAGGUUGAGACUGAUCUUCCAAGUGACAGUCACACAGAGGAAGAUAAGAAGGUUAAUCCAGAUGUUGAGAUGCAUUCACUCGGCAGUAAUUCUGAAGCUUCUAUUCCUUUGAGUGAUGGACUUUUUCAAAGUUUGGGCUCCACUAACUACACCCUUGCCCAACACACAGUGAAAGUACGAAGGUCAGGACAGAUCACAGACAUUCACCUCUUGCUUGACAUGGAACGUGCUGGUGAAGUGUGUGAUACAGGCUUUGAUGUUGAUGAGAUUAAUGCCUUUGAGCCUAAUAGAAACUGCAGAGGCAGUAAGAAUGAUCGCAGUAUGUCUUCAAAGACAAGGACACCUGAAUCAAACUUACGUGACCGCUUGUUUGAUAGGUUCCAGUCUGUAGAGGCCUUCAAUCUAAAAUCUCUUCCUAAUGAAAUGGUUGCUGCCUUACGAUUUUUUGAGCAUGAAAGGAAGGAUAAGCCAUCUUUAAACUGGGGAGAGGUUGAUAUGAUAAAACUUGGGCAGUAUAUAAUUUCCCUGUGCUCUGCUACCAAGGAGCUGUUGGAGAGUGAGCCACGUCUUCUAAAGUUAGAAGCACCAUGCUACAUUUUAGGUGAUCUUCAUGGAAAUUAUCAAGAUUUGGUUUGUUUUGAGAAGACACUCUGGAGAGUGGGUCCCCACCUUACACCAGCUAAUUUCCUCUUUCUUGGUGAUUAUGUCGACAGGGGUGAUUAUGGUAUUGAGGUGGUAUCUCAUUUAUUUGCCCAGAAACUUCAAGCUCCAUCUAAUUUUUUCCUCUUGCGAGGAAACCAUGAAGUUAGAGACAUCCAACAAAUGUUUACAUUUCAACAGGAAUGCCUUAAGAAGUUUGGAGCACGCCAUGGUAUGAAUGUUUGGAAUGCAGUAAAUGAUGCUUUUGAUUGUAUGCCGCUUGCUGCUCUUGUUGAUAAGAAGAUAUUCUGCAUUCAUGGUGGAAUUCCCAAACUAGAUGGAUGUUUGAGCGAGCUUGAUAAUAUCCCGUGUCCUCUACCUACUCCUGAAACACAGAGUAGUUUAGCAUGGCAAAUGAUGUGGAAUGAUCCAAUUGCAGCUGAGGAUAUGACUGAUGAUGUACUAGAGCAACUGGUAGGAAACAAAGGAUUUGCCUACAAUGAGAAAAGACAAACUGCAUGUGUUUUCAAUCGGGCUGCCUUUGAUAGCUUCCUCAAAAGACACAGUCUUACUCAUGUUGUCAGAGCACAUGAGGUCAAACAAGCUGGCUUUGAGAUACAACAGGGAGGGCGCCUUAUGACAGUUUUUUCUUCCUCUCAUUACUGUGGGGGAAGCAAUGAAGCAGCAUGCAUACUUGUCCACAAUUAUCGAAUGAGAGCCAUUAGAAUUGACACAUCAUAAAAUUGUUUUUUACCUUAUUGGCCAUCUCCUACUAAAGUAAGGUGACAAGUAUAUACAGUGGACCCCCGCUUAACUAUCACCUCCCAAUGCGACCAAUUAUGUAAGUGUAUUUAUGUAAGUGCAUUUGCACGUGUAUGUUUGGGGGUCUGAAAUGGACUAAUCUACUUCGCAAUAUUCCUUAUGGGAACAAAUUCGGUCAGUACUGGCACCGGAACAUACUUCUGGAAUGAAAAAAUAUCGUUAACCAGGGGUCCACUGUAUAUACAUAAAAACAAUUUGAAAGUAUCAUGAAAAUUUAAUGUUAAAAUGCCAAUAAUUUUCACAUUUCUGGAUGGUAGUUUGGUGUAUGUGUGUGUACACAUUGUAUAUGUACAUAUACUGAGCUAUAAUUCUUGCUCCAUAAGCCAUGAGUGUUGUAAAAGAUGACUAAAAUGCUGAGAGUAAGGAGCAGGUAACCCCUUUUUGUAUUCAGCUACUAAAAAGAUAAAAGAAAAUUUGAAGGUGUUUAAAUGUGGGUUGGUUUAGUACAGAUGAAAAAAAAAAAGUCAUGAACGGAGAGGAGCUGGAUGUCCUAGCACAAAACAAAACAAAGCUAAAGGGGUGGAAGAAUUUCACUGCAGGAGAAGUAAACAGAAAUAGAUCAGGUGUACCUGAAUCAGCUAAAAGAGUAGCAGCAAUAUUAUAUGAUCAAUUAUUGAAAGAAAAGGGUGGGUAUAAGUGUUUAAAUUUAAGAAUCGAGAUGGGAUGAAAGUGGAUUAUAGUAUUUAUACACCUUGGGGUGAGGUAUGUUGAGGAGGAGGAAGGAUUUUGGGAGAUGUUAAGACAAUAUUAAGGGAGUUUUGAGUCAAAUGAGAGAAUAAUUGUUGUGGGCGACAUAAAUGAUACAGUGGAAGAGACUGUUUUAGGUGGUGUAGAAGGUAAGUUUUGAGUGCCAGGGGUAAAUGAUGAUGGGGAAAGGGGGAGAGCGGUAAUUGUUAGAGUGGUUGGGAUAUUUGUUCAAUAUGUGCAUCAAAGAAGGAACAAUACCUAAGGAUUGUCAGAGCUAUGCACAUUAUAUUCAUGGGGUCAUUUAGCACCUCAGAGCUAUGCACAUUAUAUUCAUGGGGUCAUAUAGCACCUCAGAGCUAUGCACAGUUCCCUGUAUAAGGGGACAGAAGUGUGUAAGAAUUACCAUGUAAAGUGUAGGGUAGAAUUAUUCAAAGAAUUAGGGGUAAGACAGAGUAAACUUACAGAAGAUAAAGGAAGAUUUUGUAAGGGUAGGGGAUGUGUAGACAAAGUGCUUACACAACCAUAUAUUGUAAGUAAACAACACUGAGAUAAGGAUAAGGAGCUGUUUGUUGCAUUUUUGUAUUUAGAAAAGGUACAAGAUACAGUGGAUAGUGAAGCAUUGUGGUGGAUGUUGCGCAUGUAUGCAAUAGGUGAUAGGUUACUUAAAGUAGUAAGUUUUUUUUAUGCAGUUUAAGGCUCAGGUUAAAGUAUGUAGGAGAGAAGUGAGGGGAGCUAUUAUUCAGUAAAAGUAGGCCUGAAAGGGAUGUAUUAUGUUACUGUUGUUUACUAUAUUUAUAGAUUGGGUUGUAAAAGAAAUAUUAAGGUGAGGGAUUAAAAGAUGAUGAACAUAAUAUAGUAUAGGUGUUGCUGAUUACAGUCCUUUUGAAAGAUUCUGAAAAGAAAUUGCAAAGGUUUUUGGACAAUGAAUUUGGGAGGGCAUGUAAAGUUAGGAAAUUAAAAGUGAACAUAGAAAAGACCAAAGUGAUGAGAGUAACAAAAAAAAUUUAAGCAGUGAGAGAUUGGAGGGGGUACGAAGUGAGUGUGCUUAAAUAUUUGGGAGUGGACAUGUCAGCAGAUGGGUCUACAGAAGAUGAGAUGAAACAGAAUAUUUGAGGGGCAAAAAGGUAGGUGGUGUGUUGAUGUACCAGGGUAUAGUAGUACAGUGGACCCCCGCUUAACGAUCACCUCCAAAUGCGACCAAUUAUGUAAGUGUAUUUAUGUAAGUGCGUUUGUACGUGUAUGUUUGGGGGUCUGAAAUGGACUAAUCUUCUUCACAAUAUUCCUUAUGGGAACAAAUUCGGUCAGUACUGGCACCUGAACAUACUACUGGAAUGAAAAAAGUUCGUUAACCGGGGGUCCACUGUACUUACUUUUUAUAUGGAAGCAAGGCUGAGCUUUGAAUGUUGCAAAGGAGAUGGCUAGAGGAAGUGGAAAUGUCACAUUUGAGAGCAGUGUAUGGUGUGAAUGUUAUGCAAAGAAUUCGGAUCAUAGAAAUUAUAUUAUCAAAGGGUCACCAAGAAUGUAAUUCAGAGAGAUGAGGAAGGGUUGUUAUGGUUAGGACAUUGAAAGAUUGCAACAAAAUAAGAUAAUAAAAAAGUUUAUAAAUCUUGGGUGCAAGGAGGGGU